AUGCAUGGCGAUCUUGAUUUGGUUUAUCCAUAUGCUUUGCAGUUGAUGAACCUACAUUGCUGUUGCAGUGAAUGGGAAAAUGAUUCCAGUCCAUACUUCUUAUUUUAUAAAUGGAUAUGCAUUGGUGCUGAAGAUGCCGAUGACUAUUUGAUGGAAACAAAUCAGGGGCAUGAUGUAAAGCUGCCGUCUGUUACAACUGUUUACAGAGAUGCAUCUACUUUGUCUGAUGGUAGAAAUGUUCGUAAAAUCAUAAGCUUAAUGAUUAGCAAUAUUUUUUCCACAAACUUUAUUGGCAGUGAAUUUAAUCCAGUAUUCAAGGGUUCAAGUAGCAGCUGCUUGAAUUUAUUGACAAAAUUUCCCAGUAACCGACUUUUGACUCAAUUACGAAUAAUUCAGUUAUUGAAUAUACAUAAUGAUGGCUCUAUAAGUCGAGAACACUUGCAAAGCCUGAUUCCUCCAUUAAUAGAAAAGACAUUGCUAAAAAUGACAGCUCGUAGUAAAUUUGAUAUAAGCAAUUCGUUGGCGGUUUUGAAAUUGUCAAAUAGUCCAGAUGAAGUGUGUGAAAAAUUGAUGACAAUGCUAUCAGGUCAACCACUGCGUCAGCUCAAUAUUGCUUCAUUAGCUCAAGAAUUUCAGAAAGUUAUCGGAAGUUAUUCUCAAGAAAAUUACUUUAAUUUAGUAUUUAACAAAAAAUGUUGUAACUGGGCAAUUAAAUUGAAGAAUAUGAACUUAUGUGUACCAGAUGCCACAACCUCUAGCAAAAAUUGGCAUUUACAUGUUUUAAAAAAGUUGUAUACCUUACCAGCUACAUAUAGCUUAUUACAGGAGUUUUGCAAAGAUUUUCAGAUGGAAGAAAACUUAGAUUCUGUAUUGAUACAACAGCUUGUUUAUUAUCUCUCAAAAUUAAAACUGCAAAUUAAAUCUACUCCUGACAAAAUAUUAAAACAAGGAUUAGUUGUUCAGCCUUCAGAACAGGAAAUAAAUAGAAUAUGUUCGGAUUAUACAAUUAAAUUGAACAAUACUAAGUUGAUUGGAGAAAUGGAGCAGCUUAUUCCAAUGAUUAAUCUAUAUGAUUAUGAGAUUUAUAUGGCAGUUCUGAACAUUCUAAAAACAACGGGACACCAAUCAUAUAGUAACUGGCUAGAAAUUUUAAAAUUUUUGAAAAGUUACACAAGGAAUGUUCCUUUUGGGCAAAUUGAACAUGAGGCUUGGACCCAAUGUCAUAGUGACGAUAUAUCUCCAUUAGCAAAAUAUCGAAUGCCGUUUUUGUGUGUUAUGGAUGCUGCAAAAGUAUUUGAAAUAAUAAAGCAUGAAGUUGAUGUUAGCUCAUGUAAACGAUGGCUCGAUAUUGCACAUAAUCUUCCUCUUAAUGAAUCCCAACGUCAUAUCAAAGACAGGUUAUGCCAGUAUGCAAUCAAAAAUACAAUGUUAAAAAUUUAUCAGCCUUCAUUAUCGCAAGAAUGGAGUUUGUCUAUGGUAGAAAAAGAAACCAGGGAAGAAUGUUAUGAAAUUCUAAACUUAAUAAAAGAUGUGGAAAGGUAUUCUGCUGUUAUGUACUUUAUAAUGAAUUAUUCAAGACCUGGCGCAGACUUAGUAGCAGCUUCAAAAAUUUGUUACGACUAUGCAGUUAAUUGUACAGACCAAAAGAUCAAAACAUCUGUGGAAAAGAUGUUACGUAAAUAUCCAAUGUACGCUACAAAGCAUAUUUUAACAUCCAAUAAUCUCAAUGAAGAUUAUUUGUUGCAAUUACUGGAGAAGCCUCAAGAACUGAUUUUUGCUCUUUAUGAUCAUCCGAUUGUGCUGAAUUGCGCCGGAUUUACAAUGAAUGACACACCUGAUAUUAAUAAAGUUGUUCAACAGAUAGCAGAAUUGCAUAAGUCAAUAGACCUACGUACUUUAAAACACAAUUUGAUUAACCAAUGGCUACAAGCUUCAAAUUUGGCCUCUAAUUUGGAUGAUUCAAUAACUAUGCAUAGCAUGGUUCCUGAAAAAGGUGAUACUGCUUUGGACAGUGCCAAAUGGGAUGAUAACUUAACGAGAGCAUGCUAUGUUCUAAAGUCUUAUGAUAAAAAGACUGUGAUCGAACUGUUGGGUACCAAUCUUGAAACUUCUGUUGAGUCAGUUCCUGUCAUAUGCAGAUUGCGAGCUUUAAGAUGCAUGAUUAAAGUGUGCGGACUAAAAUACAUUGAAGAAACUAUGUAUUUAGAUAGGCUGCAAGUUCAGAAGCUAAUUGGCGUUCUUACAACAAGACAUUAUUUGGAAUGCAUUGGAUUAUCAUACUCUAUGGAUGAUUAUAAUAAAAUCAAUAAAGAAUCUCUGGUUCAAUAUUUACUAAAGAACUUUAAUAAUAACACUAUCGCCAUUAGUUUCUGUGUUCAAAUUUGUCAGAAUAAUAAGAUUAUUACAGAAAAAAUUUGGGAUGAUAUAUUGGAAUCAUUAAUAUCGUUUGGGAUGAUCAAGGAGUUGCAAUCUGCACUAACAUGGCUAAGAACAUACCCAAAUUUAAACACAUUGCCUGUUAUUAAAAAGGCAUGGCAGUUUAUUAUUAAAAUGCCAUUUGUAGAAGCUGAUGUUAAAAGAAAUCCCGCCCAAGAAAAAAGUUGUGCUACUGCAUUACUUAAUUUACAGUGUUGUCCUGUGGCUGAAUCAAUAGAUCUUUUAGAUUUGGCAGAAUGUUGUAUUAAAGCUGAUCGUCCUUAUAUGGCAGCAGCUUUACUACCACUGGCUAAUGACGAGGAUAAGGAGAGCUUAUUAAAGUUAAUUCGUUCCAAAUCAUCACGUGAAGAUCUAGAAACAAAUGUUACAUUCUUGGAAGAAUUGGGGAUUUUAUUUGUUCCCCAAAUAUUACACAUCUUAAAGACGUAUUAA